AUGGUCGAGAUGAAAGGCUCCCCCGACUUUGCCGAAAAGGACACCGCCUCCUAUAAACCAGCUCACGCCCCGCCUACCACCGUCCGCCGAGGUCCCUGGCUGCCCGACGAGGACCGUCGUCUCAUGUCCAUAAUCGCUGUCCAGGGCCCGACAAAUUGGGUCCGUAUCCUGAGCCUGCUAGGCUCCAGGCUGCCCAAACAGUGCCGUGAGCGUUAUCAUCAGAACUUGAAGCCCUCCCUCAAUCGUAACCCCAUUACCGCCGAGGAGGGUAUGCUCAUUGAACAGCUUGUGGCCAAACACGGUAAGAAGUGGGCUGAAAUCGCCAGACACCUCACAGGCCGUAGCGACAACGCUAUCAAGAACUGGUGGAACGGUGGCGCUAACCGCAGGCGCAGAGUCAGCCAUGUGGCUGCGCUGAACGACCAACCGCCAUCCUCAGGCUCCACUACAAGCGCCCAAACCCUCUCGGGCGUUAACUCAGGCUACUCCUCCACCGUGGGCUCCGCUCCUAACUCGGCCCCUGUCUCGGCACCGGUGUCGAACUCGGGCUCGUUUUCUCACCAGUCCGUGCCCCAGUACGCCCACUUACGGCCCAAUCUCACCCAGUCUGUCUCUCCACAGCGCUCCCGCCAUAACUCAAUGGGCGCUGUGGCGCUGCAAGAACACCACCAAGUGGCCCAGUAUCCAAAAGUUCCGCAAUUCUCCCAAAUUCUGUUCAAUACGUCCAUGUUCAGUGAACUGGAUAAACGGCCCCAGCUCAACGGCGUGCCUCCGCUGGGCCAUGGCCACGGCCACUUUCCGCACCUUUCCAAGGCGCCAAUACGCCUGGCCAGCAUUGACCACCCUACACUUCCGCCACUUUUGUCCAACUUCAACAAGCGUGUGGGCGAGGAAGACCGCCGCCACUCUUUGAACGCCACGACCUUACCACCCAGCACGCUGCCUGCUCUGUACCUGCAACAUCCACCUCAGCAAGCUCAUCCGCUCAAUAAUAAUCUCACCAACCUGCCCACAAUAGGCGUGUCAAACAGCUCUCACGGCGACAGCUCCCACUACAGCCUGCCCGUGUCCUACGUUUCUCGCCAAAACUCCUUGAGCCACGACUACAAACAUUCUUUUGCAUUGCCGCUGGCCACCUCGAGCACUCACCCUCUGAGGCGCUCUUCGGUUGCCCCGGAUUUGUUCCCAAACCCAAUGGCUGGCCAUGGGGCUGGGGACAUGUGGAUGAAGCGCAACCAGCUGCUGAUCCUGCUUCACUCGCCAUCCAUAAUGCCCAUCAACUCAAACCCAAACCGGCUUUCCGUCAGCAGUGCGCUGGGGCUUCUGGACCAAGGUAAGCCUCUCAGUAACCUUUCCAACGCUUCCAAUGCCGCCAAUGCCGCCUCAUCAAACGACGCAGCCUCCUCCGCGUCCAAUAGCACCGCGCUAGCGCCCGGCUCGGCCUCUGGGAUUCCUUCUUACAAAAACCUCCUACGCAGCAUCAACAGCACACCAAUUCCGGAGGAUAAGGACCAGGAUGCUGCUGAGACCGACCGGAUCAAGGUGCUGAACCUAAUCGAGUGA